GAACAUACUUGCCAAGACUUGCUCUUGUUUGCAGUGGCAGUUGAGGGGGUUCCCCUGUAUGCAUGCAGUGAGUGCAUUGCAUAGCAUAAGGCCACAAUGGAGAAAGUACUGCAGUGAUUACUAUUCAGUGGAGAACUAUAAGGCCACAUAUGCACCAACUUUUGCACCACUAGAUGAUAAAAGUGAAUGGGUCCAGCCAAACAUGAACAAGAAGAUCUUGAACCCUCCUCACAGUAGGAAACCAGGAAGACCCAAGAGCAAGAGGGUAAGAAGUUAUGAUGAACCUCGUGUUGAGAAGACAAAAAGGAGGUGUGGGAAAUGUGGAAAUGUUACUAACCACAACAAAAGAACAUGUGCUGGUGGUGAAGUGGGAUCUAAUCCAACUGCAAAGAGGCAAAGGACUGAAUGUGAUGCACAAAGCUUCACCUUCAGCAACAUAGAGCCAAGUCAGACCACCGGAGUUAGGGGUGCAGCUAAGUCAAACAAGAAGAGAACGGCAUCAUUUGUUGGUGAAUGUUUUACAGGGCCUGGCAGUCAGCCUUUGGCAACACCAUCUUCUACUCCAGCUUCCACAACACCUAUGAGUCUGCCAUCUAUAGCACCAUCUUCUACUCCACCCUCUACAAUAAAUAACCUUUAUCAGAACUUCUUUGGCAUUGGAUCUGUAUCUCAGAAUAUAAAACAAGGAAAGGGAAGGGGAAAUGGAAAGGCUAAGAAGAAAUGAUUUGAGAUCCGUUUUCUGAUUUUUUGUGUUUAAGAAGACAAUAUUUUUUUUCUUUUGUAGACUUGAAUUAAUGCUGAAUCAAAAGUGGAUGGUUGUUUAUUAGUACAUUUGCAGGUUACAUUUUCA